GCGGAGCUGUUCGCCGCUCCAGGUGCUGAGUCCGAGGGAGGCUCCGGACGCCAGAGCCGCGGUCUCUGCCACCGCAGCUGCCGCAGCCGCCGCGAGAUCCGCGGCCGGGAAACCGGAGCGGUGAGGAGCCGGUGGGCUCCGGGUACGCUUCCGCGCGCUAAUCGCUCUCCUGCCUGCUGCCCGAGGUCCUGACUGCCAAGACGUCCUCUCUUCAGAAGGAAAGACGACAACGUCCAAGUGGCCCCUCCUCAGGUUCUCCGUAGGCCCCGAUGACCCAGCAUGGCCCACGGAGGUGAUCCAUGACCUGCCGGACAGCACUCGCCAUUAGCCUUCUAGAGUCGAAUCUCUCAAGGAGGUGACCCCUCCUCCAGCUGCCCCCAACGUGCCCACCCCUGCCCAGGAAAGUGCCACAGCUGCCACGGACACCAUGUAGUUGGGCCGGCCGCAGUGCCCAGUGAGCUGCGAUGGUUUUGUACACGACCCCCUUUCCCAAUAGCUGUCUGUCCGCCCUGCACGCUGUGUCCUGGGCCCUCAUCUUCCCAUGUUACUGGCUGGUGGACCGGCUGGCGGCCUCCUUCAUACCCACCACCUACGAGAAGCGCCAGCGGGCAGACGACCCGUGUUGCCUGCAGCUGCUCUGCACCGCCCUCUUCACGCCUGUCUACCUGGCCCUCCUGGUGGCCGCUCUGCCCUUCGCCUUUCUCGGGUUUCUCUUCUGGUCCCCCCUGCAGUCUGCCCGCCGGCCCUACAUCUACUCACGGCUGGAAGACAAGAGCCCGGCUGGCGGGGCAGCCCUGCUUGGUGAAUGGAAGGGCACGGGGGCUGGCAAAAGCUUCUGCUUCGCCACCGCCAACCUCUGCCUCCUCCCCGACUCGCUGGCCAGGCUCAACAACCUUUUCAACACCCAAGCGCGGGCCAAAGAGAUCGGGCAGAGAAUCCGCAAUGGGGCGGCCCGGCCCCAGAUCAAAAUCUACAUUGAUUCCCCCACCAACACCUCCAUCAGUGCGGCCAGCUUCAGCAGCCUUGUGUCACCACAGGGCGGCGAUGGCGGGGCCCGGGCUGUUCCUGGGAGCAUUAAAAGGACAGCCUCUGUGGAAUACAAGGGCGAUGGCGGGCGUCACCCGGGUGACGAGGCUGCCAAUGGCCCGGCCCCUGGGGACCCAGCUGAUGGCAACCUGGAGGACGCCUGCAUUGUGCGCAUUGGUGGCGAGGAGGGGGGCCGGCCACCUGAAGGCGAUGACCCUGCCACUGGGAGCCAAGCCAGGAAUGGGGCUGGUGGAGGCCCAAGGGGCCAGACGCCCAACCACAAUCAGCGGGAUGGGGAUUCGGGGAGCCUGGGCAGCCCCUCGGCCUCCAGGGAGUCCCUGGUGAAGGCUCGGGCUGGGCCGGAUGGCGGUGGCGCCGGGGAGCCUGGUGCCAACAGCAAGCUCCUGUACAAGGCCUCGGUGGUGAAGAAAGCCGCCCGCAGGAGGCGGCACCCCGACGAGGCCUUUGACCAUGAGGUCUCGGCCUUCUUCCCCGCCAACCUGGACUUCCUGUGCCUGCAGGAGGUGUUUGACAAGCGGGCAGCCGCCAAGUUGAAAGAGCAGCUGCAUGGCUACUUUGAGUACAUCCUAUAUGACGUGGGGGUCUACGGCUGCCGCGGCUGCUGCAGCUUCAAGUGUCUCAACAGCGGCCUCCUCUUUGCCAGCCGCUACCCAGUCAUGGAUGUGGCCUAUCACUGUUACCCCAACGGGCGCAGCUUCGAUGCCCUGGCCUCUAAGGGAGCUCUGUUUCUCAAGGUGCAGGUGGGAAGCACACCUCAGGACCAAAGAAUCGUCGGGUACAUCGCCUGCACACACCUGCAUGCCCCACCAGAGGACAGUGCCAUCCGGUGUGAGCAGCUGGAUCUGCUUCAGGACUGGCUGGCUGAUUUCCGAAAAUCUACCUCCUCGUCCAGCGCAGCCAACCCCGAGGAGCUGGUGGCGUUUGACGUCAUCUGCGGAGAUUUGAACUUUGACAACUGUUCCUCUGAUGACAAGCUGGAGCAGCAGCACUCCCUGUUUACACGCUACAAGGACCCAUGCCGCCUGGGGCCUGGGGAGGAGAAGCCGUGGGCCAUUGGUACCUUGCUGGACACAAAUGGCCUCUACGAUGAGGAUGUGUGCACCCCUGACAAUCUGCAAAAGGUCCUGGAGAGCGAGGAAGGCCGCAGGGAGUACCUGGCUUUUCCCACUAGCAAGAGUUCCGGGUCUGGUCAGAAGGGGCGGAAGGACCUGCUAAAGGGCAAUGGACGUCGCAUCGACUACAUGCUGCAUGCCGAGGAGGGGCUGUGCCCCGACUGGAAGGCCGAAGUGGAAGAAUUCAGUUUUAUCACUCAACUGUCUGGCCUGACGGACCACCUUCCGGUGGCCAUGCGGCUGAUGGUGUCUGCAGGGGAGGAGGAGGCGUAGACCAGCUAACUUGCCGGCAUCUGGAGCAGCAGGGCCUCUGUCAGCCCUUUGAGCCGUAGCCCAUCCCUGGGCCAUGUCCCCUCCAUUGAGUGCCCAGUGCUGGGGGGAGGAGGGUAGGGGACAGGGAAGGAGCCCCUGUCAGUCCCUGGGGAGCCUGGAAGCAGCGCUGCUCUGUGCCUCUGGGCCCCUCCAAGGACAGAGGACUUAGGCCAGCCCAGGAGCCCCUGGCUGCCUAACCAGUGCCAUUCUUUCCAAACAUGAUUUUCUACAGAUCUACAGCACAACCUAGUUUGUGAGCCGAGGGUUAGUAGGAGGACUGGGUUAUGUACUCUCUGUAUCUCUUCUCAAGUUUCGUCCAGGGUUCAUUACUUUUGUCUGCUGCCCAUGUUGUCUCGCAUGCCUGCACCCUCGCAUGCACGCUGCCCGCAUGCCACAUGCCACACUGUAGCCACCCAGACCCCCUGCUCAGGCCUCACCCAAGGCCAAACUCCAAACACAAUCAGAACCAGCCAAAGAAGCACUUCCUGGGCACGGCCACCAGCCUUCCACCACCAGCCGACUGUGCUGCGGGACGUGAGGGCUGUGUCCUUACUAGCCAGCCCAGGGCUUUUCCCAGGGUCUUGCAUUCAAGGGCGAUUACAUUUUAAAAAGAAAACAUAAAGAGUUAAAACAAAAUCACCCUUCACUUUAAAGGGUCUGCACGUUGCUAGGUAGAACUUUGCUCUUCCCAAUACAGGGUCCCUUCCCCAGCCCAGACACACCAGGGUCCAGCUGGCUCCGGCCAACAGGUGCCUCCUCCAGGAGUCUCCAAUCUGUGUUAUGGAGCCAUAAGUAGAAAUCCAAGAGGGCAUCACUUUUUUUUUUUUUUUUUUAACAGAAAGGGGACUCAACAGCAUACAGGGGUGGGGGCCUGCUUUUGAAAAUGACAAGAUUUGUAGCUUCUUCUCUUCUAUCAAAGCCAACAUGUCCUCUUCUUUCUUCUGCAGCCCCUUGCUUCCCUCCAGACACCUCUCUGGUUCGGGACCAAUCCUUCCCUGGGGACUUUCCCUAUCCACAUGCGGCUGAGCUCAGGAAAAGCCUGCCUGCCCCCCAGGGGGGUUGCAUCUCUGACCUCCCAGGCCCAGGCCCAUCCACUACAGUGCCCCCAGCCAAUGUCAUGGCUCUGGGGCACCCUGGAUCGAGGGGCAGGAGGCCAAGGUGUGGAGAGCAACCUGUUCCUCACUGGUGUGCAGGCUAGGGUGGUCAGGCCACUGCUGGCUUGGGGAAGGGAGUUGUACUGGCUGGCAUCCAGGCAUACACAAGCCACUCUGCCAUUGUGCAACCAGGGUCAACCCCAGGCUUGGUACAGCAGAGCUGGCCAGCAGCCCACUGUCCCCUAUCUGCCUUGGGCCUGGGGAGGAGGCCUGCAGCUGCUCAGGCCCCACAGAAGCACUGCCUCUUGCCACCUGCCUUUAGACAGCAGGGGCCAUUCCCCAGUCACACAGGAAGGCUUCUGUUUCAAGGUGCCAGGCUCCAACCUGAGGGACUGUUUUUGAAAAUUCCCACUGGUCUUGAAGUUCCCUGAUCUUGUAGCCAGCUUUGCCUGGCAAGGCUGGAGGCAGCACCAGGACCCUGCUGUCUGGACUUCCUGGUGCUGGUGCACUGAAGCUGUGCCUUGUCACCCUCUGAGCAGCAAGAGAGGCCUAGAAGGGGCAAACAGCCAGCCAGAUGCCAGGCCCUCUGCUGGGGAGGAAGAUUCCUGCAGAGCCUGGGCAGCUUGGCGCUGGGACAUCCAUCCACAGUGACACUCGAUCUGGUUGACCACCUGGUCUGGGAAGAACUUCCCCUACCCAGGCCUCCUGUCCCAUCCCUGCAAGCCCAGAGCCAGGAAGCAACUGCUCAUGCAAGGGCAGUCCUGCCUGGGCUCUCUGCCCUGCCCCUACCCUGCAAGGGCCUGGCCUCCCAGGGCCUUGCUGAGGUUUUAUGGAGUAGAAAGUCCUCCACUCUUGGGAGCAACCAAAUACACAUGCAAGGUUUGCCUGGGCAGGGCCAACCCCAGGACCUAAGCUGCGUGCACACAGGGAGAGCAGCCCAGCCAAGGCUAGGCCCCUAAACCAGACUCUAGCAGUUUAUGUCCCUGAGGGUGAGGGCAGUGUGGAGUCAGGGCCACAUGCUUUUCUCCCUCCCAACUCCCAGGGUGGCCUUAGGCAAGUCACACAGCCCUGUGCCUCAGUCAUUUUCUGUCAUCCCAAGGUGGCCUCUGUCUGCUUAGGUCCUGACAUCCAGAGGAGGGACAUCCUGCCUCCCUGAUCCCCUCACACCUCCCUCAGUGCUGAAGCUCAGACCACCUGCCAGCCAUUUCAUGGCAGAGUGCCUGUGGCUCUCAGGGCUUGUGACAGCCAGGCUUUUCCACUUUGAUUUUUUUAAAAAAGAAACAAAACAUUGCCAAGAUCUUAGAUUCUGUGGCAUCUAAGGCCUGGGAGGAGGUGGUCACAGGGAUCACCCAGAUCUCAAGGGAAGCUAUGAGGCAGGUGGGAACAGCUUAGGAAGGAAAUGUUCAUUUUCAUUUGUCCAAAAACCACCUUGAGUUUUAGGUAUGAAUAUUAACCUUGAUGCUUUUUAACUAUUGUAUUAACUUGCUGAGAUUUAGAAAUACUGUUUUAAAAAGAAGAAAAAAAACUUUUUUAAUUUCUGUAUUUUUUUCUGUAUUGUAUCCUCAUGGGACAUUAGGGGUUUUAUAUGGUAAGACACCUAAGGUUUUGGUAAAAACAUUAUCAACUAUAUAUCCAGACGAUUCUUCCCUAGAAGAAAAACAAUCUUUACACCUGAUAAAAUAUUUUGAAAAGAGAGGUGGUUUUUUUCCUUUAUGGUGCUGAAAGGAAGGAUGGAGAAUGAGGAGAAAAUAAAACUGUGAGGCUCAA